GACGUCGGAACUAUUAGCAGACGUGGCAAUUUCUCAUUUCUCGUCUGCCUCGUAUACAUGGCUCACAUUUGGUAGCAAUGGAACAGAAAUACUGAAGGAUUUGUUUGUUUUCAAGGGACCCCUGCUAAUGAAAGGCUGCUCUUAAAUGUUCACCAAGAUGAAGACGGGGUUUUUGGAGUCGGAGGAAAAAAAGCCUCGCAAUGCAAAAAUAUUCAGCAGAGUUAUGUCAUUUCAAAUGGAAAAAACUUGUCGCACUCAACUGUGGGAAAAAUGAGUCUUUAGCCAGAGCUGGUUGUAAUUUGUUGUACGCAUAUAGGACAGCGUCACUGUAUGCCGCGCAGUAUAACAUCGACAUGUUGUGGCGCACACAAAGUCCCCCGCUCAAGCUUCGCUUCUGCGGGGGGGGGGGCUUUACCAUCUGCGGCGAACAGCGUCUGGCGCGUUGCCGCUCCGUCACUUUCUCUUCGGUGCGACAUCCCGCCGGGGCACAACAGAAGUCCGCCGUGGACCUGAAGUUGCAAUCGGUCCGCUUGGCUUUUGGUUUAUCAUCUCAUGUCACUUGGAACACUAUUGUGGUGGUCUCCGACUGUCGUCACAGAUAUUGUGACUUUGGUUAUGGAAAUGGAAGCAAGGUAUUCAAUACUUUUCUUUUCAGCCUGCAUUUCCUCACUUGUGAGCCUGUCAGCUCGUCUUGCGCAUGGUUAAGCUCGCAGCCAUAAACUUAUAUCGCACUUCUGAUUUUGUCUCUCGUUUUGAUGUAUUUGUACCGCGAUGUCCGUGACCCUGUGGUCGGGGACCGUUCUUUUGUGCAACCCAGCCAGAGUGGGCGCGUUUGCGGGUGUGAUUGACUUUCUGCGUCGACUCGGCAUCAAGUACGCAGGAUGCUCGCAGAGCUCCUGUUGCCAUGGUGACGCAAGGGAAGCGAGACGAGCCCGCUGAUUGCGCCACCUGAUUGUGUUGCUCGUGAGAAAGAGAGCGAGAGAGAGACUGGGCAGGCUUUUUGCUGUGAUCGGUGUUUUCAUCCGCAGUCCUGAGUCGCCGUGCCACCGGGGAAUCGGGGCCACCGCGCUGGCGCACUGUCUCUGAAGCCGUUCUGGGAUUCUCCGCUCACUUAACCCGAGCGCGGCAACAUGCCGCCGCCGAGUACGAGGCGACACUUUGCGCGUGACGCCGCCGCCCGCUGAUGUUGACGAUGCUCGCGUGACGCCCCCGGUGCCUUUCGACAGGCUGAGGGGGACACGUCAGACCUGGCCAGGGGGCCCCUUCAUGCCAUGGUAAAGUCCCCCUCCGAGCACUCGCAGCGAUACGUUUGAAUCCUUUGAAUGGAGACGGCACUCUUACUGGGUUUGAUAACUGAUCUUACCUGUCUUCUGCCAGCCUGUUUUGAUGUUUUGGUUUUCUGUCUCCUCCAGCCGCCAGGCACUGAGCAAGAAUCUGUAUGUAGGCUUCUGUGCUCGUCUGUCACAUUGUUUUACACAGUCACGAGUAAUUUAUCAGUCACCUCAAGAUGUAACGAGGCAGGGAAGGGAAGAAAAUAGAGAACCGAGUGUGAUGCAAGUAUUAAAACGUAGUUUGUCUUUCUUUCAUCAGUUUUGUCCUGUUAUUUGAUUGUUCUGCUACUUGCCGCAUCGAUUUCCGGCGCGCUUGAAGCACAAUGCUGAGAGCGCAGAGAGGCGCGCAGAUCUUCACUAUGUUGUGAUGACGUGAAUACGGUCGGAUCUCCAAAGUGAAGACUCUAAACCGAAGAAUGCAAGCAGAUCAUGGCACGGCAGAAGUCUAACAGCCAGUCGGACUCGCACGACGACGAAGUCUCUCCCCCGCCGCCCAACCCGGUCGUCAAGGCCCGUCGCCGCCGCGGAGGGGUGAGCGCCGAAGUCUACACCGAAGAGGAUGCCGUCAGUUACGUGCGCAAGGUGAUCCCAAAGGACUACAAGACCAUGACCGCCUUGGCCAAGGCAAUCUCCAAGAACGUUCUGUUCGCUCACCUGGAUGACAACGAGAGAAGCGACAUAUUCGACGCCAUGUUCCCCGUCACACACAUCGCUGGCGAAACGGUGAUCCAGCAAGGCGAUGAAGGGGACAACUUUUACGUGAUCGACCAGGGCGAAGUGGACGUGUACGUGAAUGGGGAAUGGGUGACCAACAUCGGCGAGGGCGGCAGUUUCGGUGAGCUGGCCCUGAUCUACGGAACUCCCAGAGCUGCUACGGUCAAGGCCAAGACUGAUCUUAAACUGUGGGGGAUCGACCGGGACAGCUACCGUCGCAUCCUCAUGGGCAGCACUCUGAGGAAGCGAAAGAUGUACGAAGAGUUCCUCAGCAAGGUGUCCAUCCUCGAGUCUUUGGACAAAUGGGAACGCCUGACUGUGGCCGACGCCCUGGAGCCGGUCCAGUUCGAGGACGGCGAGAAGAUCGUGGUACAAGGAGAGCCCGGCGACGACUUCUUCAUCAUCACGGAGGGCAUUGCCUCUGUUCUGCAGCGCAGGUCUGACAAUGAGGAGUACGUGGAGGUGGGACGACUCGGGCCGUCCGACUACUUUGGCGAGAUCGCCCUGCUGCUGAACCGCCCCCGGGCGGCCACAGUGGUGGCCCGCGGCCCCCUGAAGUGCGUGAAACUGGACCGGCCCCGCUUCGAGCGCGUGCUGGGUCCGUGCUCCGAGAUCCUCAAGAGGAACAUCCAGAGAUACAACAGCUUCAUCUCGCUUACCGUCUGAUUACCCCCCCCCCCCCCAAAAAAAAAAAAAAAAAAAGUGCAACUUGCGGGGUCGCACCGCACCCACUUGAUCGGCGGGCCCCGUGGGCGGGUGGGACGGUCGCGAGGGGACUCCGGGCCCAGGAUGUGAGUUUUACAUUUCCAAUGACAGGGUGCUCAUUUCCUAAUUUUCAUUUUUGUUUCCUUUCCAAUGUUAUUCUUAUUCUUUAUUAUUAUUAUUUUUUGCUCUUGUGCACUUUGGCUCGUGUUGUCGCGUACCUUUACGUAAAAAAAAAAACAGCAAGAACAGCAAAACACGGCGUCUCCAUUGUGUCUUGUGUACGACGCGUCUCUCUCGUAACUAUUUGCACUUUUCAUGACAUUAAGACGGAUUCAUCCACGAAGGAAGAAAUAUGAAAAUAUAUUCGUGCGGCAGGAUGACGUGAGUUGUAUUUCAAUUUUUUUUUUUUUUUUUUUUUUUGCUUGCUGCUUUGCCUUUUUUGUCAUUUUACAUUUUUUUUCUUUAUUGAGGUGGUGGUCAAAACAAUUCGAAUAUUUAAGUGUGCUGUUACUGUGUUAAGAUUUAAUUUUUGCGUGGCAGGAAUAUUCUUUAAAAAAAAAACACGCAAUAUUCGCAAUAUAAAGUACAAACCAUAUUGUAUACUCUUGAGUAUAAAAGGUCUACACACCCCGGUUCACUUGUCAGCUCUUUGUCAUAUGGAAAGAAAAAAAGCAAGACAUAUUUCAUUUUCAACUUGACCCCACCAUGAAUGUGACCUAUAUGAUUUCAUGGGGGAAAAAGUGAGGACAUUGGUUGUAGAAGUGUGCACACCCGCUUAACUGGAAUGUGGCUGUGUUCAGAACAUUCAAAAGCCUGUUAAAUGAAGGUCAAGAAAUGCCCCCCCCCCCACCCCCCCUUAAAGGCUCUUUGGUUUACCCCACAUAGUUUUGUUGUUUUGGGAGGCUUUCUUGCCUUUUUGUUGCUGUUUUUUUUUUUUUCACUUUCUUGCAAGAAAAUGAAGCAAUCAACACGUUAAAGGUCACGUUCAUCGUGGGAAAAGUUUUGUGCUGAUACAUAUUUGUCUCUUAUAUUGUAAAAAAAAUGUCAUUUGAACAAGGGUGUGUCGACUUUUUCUAUCCACUGUCUCAGGAUUUUCAACAAGCUUGUUGUUGUUCUUGUCGGCUGACAGCUUUUGCACCAUUUUGCUAACGUAGAGGAAACGCGGCAGUUUUAACUCACCUUCUAUGUUAUGAAUAAAGCAAAGAAAAGAACAUUUCAAGUAACGAUGUGGUAUGAUGUAUUUUCUGUAGCUAUUUCUUUCAACAAAAUAUCCCAAACAAAUAAAAAAAGUC